UCAAUCCCAAUGUAUCACACAUGGAUUUUGUUUCCAUUAGCCUCAUUUUUCAAUCACUUAAAAAUAAAUUAUAAUAACCCUCAAAGAAGUCUAUAAAUAUCCUUUUCCCUCCACACUUCUCUUCAUCAAAAAAAAGAAAACUCUUUACUUAGCAAGUGAAAAGUUAAGAGAAAUGACAAAUUUGAAGACACUCUCCUUAUUCCUCUUAGUAAACAUCCUCUUCUUUACAUUUUCUAAUGCAUGCUACACUUGUCCCCCUGAGCCAAAGCCGACGCCAAGCCCUAGCCCCAUUAAGGCAAAAUGCCCUACGGAUACCCUAAAACUAGGUGUUUGUGCAGACGUGCUCAAUGGACUCAUUAAUGUUAAAGUUGGUGCCCCUCCGGUUACCCCUUGUUGUAGCCUCAUUGAAGGACUCGUUGAUCUUGAGGCAGCUGUUUGCCUUUGCACUGCCAUUAAGGCUAACAUUCUUGGUAUUAACUUGAAUAUCCCAAUCUCUCUUAGUUUGCUUCUCAACGUUUGCUCUAAGAAUGUUCCCGAGGGCUUUCAAUGUCCCUAGAGAAGACAUUCACAGCAUCGUUAAUUUGUGAUUUACUUUCUAUUUCAUCGUUCAAACUUCUUUUUGUGUAACAAUAAUUGCUGUGCCUUGCCA